AUGGUAUCUGCUAUUACCUAUGCCGUGUCUUCAUCGCGUGUAGUCAAUAUUACGAUACACAAUCCAACUGCAGAAAAAUUCAAGAAGCUCUAUGAUCACUAUCCAAAUACACUUAAAUGUCCUUGUUCAUCGCUUACUGUACAAUACGAUGAAUUCGCUAAUUUUCAAGUCACUUUUCAUGAAGUAUGUCAAAGCCUAUUUAUCUCACAAGAGUGGAUUAAUGAAGUCUAUGCCGCCAACGUUUCAUUCAUUCCACCCGAUGAUGUCCGAACAAUUAUUAGCAAUUUUUGGCAAUUAGUUCGUUCAUUCUGUAGUUUGGCAAAAUCUUUUCUUAUUGAUGCAAACAGUGAAUUCAAUUCAAACAAUUUAGUGAGUCUUUUAGCACAACCACAAUUUUUCAUUGAGGCAAACAUCUAUGCAUCUCUGAAUUUUACAUUCGGUGCAAUAUUAGCAAAGCUGAAGCGAUAUAUGCUUAUAUCUCGUGAAGCAACAUUGGUGAAUCAAGCAAUAUCGAGCUUAGGUACUAAUUAUUUCAUUUACUUCAAGGAUGACGAUGGUUAUCUCGAAGCAGGUGCAAAUGCCACUAGUUUUCCAGAUGGUUGUUCUUGUGAAUAUUCGGAUGGAUGUUUACGUCCUGCUAUGAUUUUUGAAGGCAAUGAAAUAUCUGAUUCAAUGACGGUACCAGGCAUUAUGUUCAACUGCUUACCAUUAGAUGCCACACUCUCUUCGUCGUUUGAAUGCUUUUACGAUUCAUGGUGUUUGUCCUUAAUUCAAAAUUUGUCAUCAAGUAAUAUGAGACUAUCACCACUAAAUGGUAGAAGUCGUUUCGAACGCAAUACCACUUUAAUGAUACUUAUAAAUGAACUAAUGAUUGAAGACAUAAUCAUGAAAUACAAUUUUUCAUCCUAUUAUUCUAUUUGCAAUCCUAGAUAUUGUACAUAUUCAUACACUCGUCGAUUCGAUUUAAGUUUUGUCAUUGCAGUCGUUAGUAGUGCGUUUAGUGCUGGAUUACUUGUAUUAAAAUCUAUAGCUCCAUUCUUAGUCAAGCUAGCAUUUAUAAUAAUUGAAUGGAGAAAAAACAAGAAUUCGACAAAUGUUGGCGACAAUCAUCAAACUGCAAGUUCGGGUGAGUUAUUUAAAUUUUGUAAAAAAAAUAUUCAAAAUUCUAUUACAAACAUUUAUUUCCAUAUAAAUAUCAUUCUAAUAUGA